AUGGACGCGCGCAGCCUCAAGGGUUUUUCGCUUGACCAGGGGCCCCCAACCCCAGCUGGGGGGCCCCCCGGGGGCCCCCCGGGGGCCCCCAGGGGCCCCCCAGUACCCGAUACAUUCUCAGCGCAGUGCUAUAUGCCUAUACAGCUGCUGCAGCAGCAGCAGCUGCUGCAGCUGCAGCAGCAACUGCAGCAGCAGCAGCAGCAGCAACAACAGCAGCAGCAGAACCAACAGGACCCCUCCUUAGCUCCUUUGAGGCAGCAGCAAUUGCUGCAGCAGCAACUGCUGCAGCAGCAACUGUUGCAGCAGCAGCUGCUGCAGCAGCAGCAGCAGCAACAACAACCCCAUACAACCUCACCACCGCAUCAGCAGCAAACGAAUAACCCACAGCAGCAGCUGCUGCUACAGCUGCAGCAGCUGCAGCAGCAGCAGCAGCAGCAGCUGCAGCAACACCAGCAACAGCAACUGCAGCAGCAACUGCAGCAGCAACAGCAACCAGACCUCCAGCAGCAGCAGCUGCAGCACGAACAGCAAGAGCAGCAGCAGCAGCAACUGGCGAUGCAUUCUCAGUCCCCAGAGCAGCAGCAGCAGCUGCUGCAGCAACUGCAGCAGCAACAGCAGCAGCAGCAGCAGCAGCAGCAAGACCAGCAGCAGAAGCGCAGCAGCAGGACUCGCAAGCCGCAGCAAAAACGCCAGCAGCAGCAGCAGCAGCAGCAGCAGGAAAGCAUAUACAAAAAGACAUACACAAACAACAACAGGCGCGCAAGGGCCUCGGGAGAAGCAGCAGCAGCAGCAGCAGCAGCUGCUGCUGCUGCUGCUGCAGCAGCUAAUGAUGCAGCAGCAGCAGCAGCAACAGGAACAGCAGCAACAGCAACAGCAGCAACGCCAGGCGAUGCAUCUAUUGGACAGGCAGCAGCAGCAACAGCAACUGCAGCAGCAGCAGCAGCAGCAGCAGCAGCAGGAGAGCCUGCGAUAGGCAGCAGCAGCAAUACAACCCCCACAAGCCUUCUUCGUUCUGCUGCUGCUGAGCAUGCAGCAGCAGCAGCAGCAGCAGCAGCACCUGCAGCAGCAGCAGCAACAGCAGCAACAACAGCAGGAUCAGUGGGAUCUUCAUCUCCAGAAGCAGCAGCAGCAACAGCAGCAGCAUCAGCAGCAGCAGCAGCAGCAGCAGCAGCAGCAGCAGAAGGGAGCGAAGGAGACGGUCCUUCUCUGGGUUUGCUGCAGCAGCUGCCAGUGGGUGACGACUCAGCAGCAGCAGCAGCAGCAGCAGCAGCAGCACAACAGCAGCAGCAAUCCCCCUCAACAGCAGCAGCAGCAGCAGCAGCAGCAGCAGCAGCAGCAGCAGCAGCAGCAGCACAGGGCAACAGAAAGGAAUGGGAUGCACCAGAGCUGAGACAAUACCUCAGAGAGCGAGACCUGCGGGCCUACGCGCUGUGGCAGCAGGCAGUGCAGCGGCGAGACCUGCGGGCCUACGCGCUGUGGCAGCAGGCGGUGCAGCGGGUGCUGGAUGAGGGGGGGAGAGAAGCAGCAGCAGCAGCAGCAGCAGCAGCAGCAGCAGGACAGUUGAACGUCCUCAGCAACAAAAAAAGCAAAAAGAGCAGCAAAGAAUCCCUCCUAGAACCCCCCAAAAGGCUGCUGCGGCAUGAGCCCUUCGAUGAGCAGCUGGCGCUGCAGCACUACCAGCUGCUGCAGCAGCAGCAGCAGCAGCAGGAAGAAGAGAUACCCGCAGUGAAGUCUGAGGACAGCAGCAGCAGCAGCAGCAGCAGCAGCAGCAGCAGCAGCACGAACAACAGCAACAUGGUAGCGGUUGAUGAGGGGUGCAGCAACAGAUCUGCACCAGCAGCAGCAGCAGCAGCAGUAGCAACACCAUCUACAGCAGCAGCAGCAACAGGUACAGCAGCAGCAGCAGCAGCAGCAGCAGCAGCAGCAGUUCCCCGAGGCUUUGCGGAAGCAGCAAAAGAGGAAGACGAUGACGCCCCAGAUCAGCCCACUGCACCGUCAUAG